GAUGUUGACAAUGAGAAAUUUUCAAAUGGAAGAACCUUCGAGUUCAGAUCAAAAUAUUCAUUCCAGUAUUGUGUGUAAUGACGUUAAAUGUGAUAAUGGAGGUAAGAAAGUGAUUGAUGAUUUAAUGGCAACAGAUAGAGGUUUACCAGGUAUUCAAGGUACUAAAGGCGCACCAGGUGGUCCUGGUCCUACAGGCCCAAAAGGCAAUACUGAUGACCAAGGUUCAUCAGGUAUACCUAGCACUGAGUUCCAAAGGACCAGAGUUCCUAAAUACUUGUGUAAAAAACUUAUCAAUUGCAGAAAUGGAGGUACAUGCUCAAGUAUUGGAUAUUCAUGGUCUUGUUCAUGUAAAACUGAUUUAAGUGGGCUACAAUGUGAAACAAACAAUCAACAUAUGAAAUAUGGUCUAAUGAAUUUUGGUUCAAUCAAUUCUUUGGAAAUUUAG